UUUCCGUAAAAAGUUAUAUACUAGAAAUUGAACAGCAUCAACUAUUCGAAGUGUUAACCUCAAAUGUAUCCAUUGUGUGUAUCGUUAAAAUUUAUAGUGAAUACAUACGUACACAUAAAAGAGUGAUGGAAAACUGUAGUAACUUUAUAAGGGUAAAGGAAGAGCCGAGCGAUACUGUGACGAAUGCAGGGGACGAUUAUGUCUUUGAUUCAGUGGACUUUAGCAGAGCCGAAAAUUUGAAAACAUUGCCGUUUCAUAAAUUUCCCGUAAUUGUUGACUACAUGAACGAGGCUAUGCCCUUGAAGGAGAGGCUAGAUGAAAAAAUAAUCAUAGAUUUGGAGUGCAAAAAUGUUAAAUCUGAACUGCCACCUCUAUUAACAACUAUCUGCAAAUUUGAAUAUCAAAGUUCUCCAUCUGUUGUGAAAAAAAAAAUCAAAGUUCCGAACAAUUACAUAAAUGAAAAAAGUCUCAUAAUUUUGAUUAAAAAAGGGUUUAUUUAUGAUAGUAAUUGUCGACUGAAAUAUUUGAAACUUUCCGGAAAUGAGAAUCUAAAACAAUUAAAAAAAACAUCGAAUCAGUCCAAAAUGUGUCGAGGAAUAAGCAAGGUACAAGCAAAUCUGAAAAAGCAUACGAACUUUAAUGAAUGUUUCAUAAUGUAUUAG